AUGGUCAGGAAAACUUCCUCCGGCUUCUUCACCUCUAUACAUGAAGAUAUGCCGCUGCAUGUCGCUAGAGGCUACGAUAGAAUGGUUCAGCAUACUGCGUAUCCCCUUCAGUCACCAGCCUCCUCCUGUUCAGCAACCUCGCCUGCUCCUGAGUCAUCCUUCUCCCCCGAGAAAUAUACGAAACCCUAUAUUGAUUUCAUGACAAACAAUCCAACAGUAUUCCACGCAGUUGAUGCUUUCACCUCGCAAUUGAAGGCAGCUGGCUACGAAUAUCUCUCCGAACGGACAUUAUGGAAGAUAAAGCCUGGCGGUAAAUACUACACCAAACGAAACGGCAGUGCUUUUAUCUCAUUUGCUGUGGGCAAGGACUACAAACCUGGAAAUGGCCUCGGCAUAGUCGCUGGACACAUCGAUGCCUUGACUGCAAGGGUCAAGCCAGUCCCCAAGCUUUCGACAAAGGCCGGCUACGUCCAACUUGGAGUUGCUCCCUAUGCCGGUGGAAUGAACUUUACAUGGUGGGACCGCGAUCUGGGUAUCGGCGGUAAGGUUCUUGUCAAGGGAAAGGAUGGGAAAGUGACUGAGAGAUUGGUCAAACUUGACUGGCCUAUCGCAAGGAUUCCGACUUUGGCGCCUCAUUUUGGCGCUGCUUCCCAAGGCCCUUUCAAUUUAGAAACAAAUAUGGUGCCAAUCGUUGGCUUGGAUAACUCCGAUCUCACUGGCAAGAAGGACGCAUCACUCAAUCUGCCGGCUGGUACAUUUGUUGCCAAACAGCCCGAGAGAUUGGUCAAAGCAAUAGCUGGCGAACUAGGUGUACAAGAAUACACCUCAAUAGUCAACUGGGAACUUGAACUAUUCGAUAUCCAGCCCGCGCAGCUUGGCGGACUUGACAAAGAAUUCAUCUUCGCCGGGAGAAUUGACGACAAAUUAUGCUGUUUUGCUGCCAUCGAGGCACUUUUGGCUUCUUCGGACGAUGCCUCUCCAGGAAUUGUCAAAAUGGUCGGAUGCUUUGAUGACGAAGAGAUUGGCAGCUACCUCCGCCAAGGUGCUAGAAGCAAUUUUAUGUCCAGUGUCAUUGAAAGAAUUGUCGAAUCUGUCUCUGACUACAGUGGUCCCAACCUUAUCAGCCAGACCCUCGCCAAUACCUUCUUAGUAUCAUCAGACGUAAUUCAUGCCGUCAACCCCAAUUUCCUGGGUGCUUAUCUUGAGAACCAUUCACCACGAUUGAAUGUCGGUAUUGCAGUGUCGGCUGAUCCCAAUGGACACAUGACUACUGACUCUGCCUCGACCGCGCUACUUUCACGCAUUGCAGAGAAGAGUGGUAGUACCCUCCAGGUUUUCCAAAUACGAAACGAUUCCCGAAGUGGAGGAACCAUUGGUCCAAUGACCUCGUCUCAGCUAGGCUGCCGUGCGAUUGACUGCGGUAUUCCCCAAUUGAGCAUGCAUUCCAUCCGCGCAACUACUGGAUCCCUCGACCCUGGCUUGGGAGUCAAGCUGUACAAGGGUUUCUUUGAUCACUAUGAAGAGGUCGACAAGGAGUUUGAAUGA